UACCCAUCUCUAGCCAAAUUUAUAGUUUCCUGCUAAAUAUACAGACAGUGAAGCAUCAUAUCAUAAUAACUUGGCCUGCUUAGUUUUCUUUUUUCUAAGAGAUAAUGGGUAGUCUCGUGCUUCUCAAGAAGUUCACCAUCUUUCUGCUCAUUUCUCUGUCACUUUUCACUGCUACUUUUGCAGGUCGAAGAACAAAGUUUGUCAGUAAGUUGCCUGCAGAUGUGGAUGUUCAAGAAGAGGAGGUGGGAAAGGAGGAAGAGAGCGUGAUGCACGAGAGGCUGCUGAGGGCAAAUACAAGAGACUAUGGAAGAUACGAUCCUUCUCCAACUCUUUCUAAGCCUCCUUCCAAGCUCAUUCCUAAUAGUAAUUAAUUACUUGACCUCUCUCUUCAUAUAAAUAUAGAGAGGGAGGGAGGGAGGGAGGGAGGGAGGGUUAUGAUGGGAUCAUACCAAUAUAUAUAUA